AAUGUGAACACUUCAGAUACCGUUACCUUUUCGUUCGCAACACUCGCGCAUUGUUGUGAUUGUUUUCCGCGGAACAGUUCGCAACGCGCGAUAUACUUUUCCUCGGUCGUGGUACACCCGGCUCUGUGCGUUUUCUGUUGCACUGCGAAUAAAGUGAAGAAGUUUUCGGUGGCGUGCAGUAGGGAACGUAUUUACACAGGUUGGCGUAAUCGUACAGCAGCUGCUUUUGCUGCUGCGUCGGAAGUGAGUAUAGGUGUGCAAUGCUCUUGAGCAGUUCGUGUCGAUGUGUGCUGGUAGGCAGUCAGAUGAUCUUUAUUUGUUGCCUUCAAGAGCACCAAGCAGCGUAAUCAUCUCGACAGUGGAAGAUUAGGGAAUAAAACUGGUGUGGGUGCGUUUCCGAUACAUUCUUUCACCUGCAUUCGACGGACAAGUCGAUUGGGCAGGAGCUUCACGUCUUUUGGCGUACCUGUAUGUGUGUGUAAGUGUGUGUGUUUGUUUUGCUGCUAGUGUUAGUCGCCGACUUACAACCGGGGCAGAUGAAAAUGGGUGCAUCAUUGUGUCAUCAACAACGCAAACCACAGCUACUCCGGUGCGCAGUGCAGUGAAAGUUAGAAUUGAUAGCAAGAAGAAAACGCAACAUCAAAAAGUGUUGUUGAAACAUCUCCCAUAACGGGUUGAAGUACAAAACGCAAUAAAGCCUUACCGGGUUCUCAUCAAAACGGUACAAGAAAAAAGGAGCAGUUUACUGUACAAAACGGUGAAAAACAGCGUCGAGAUUCGGUGAACGUUGGUUUAGUUUUUGUUUUUUGGUUGCUAUUUUUAUUCCCCCAACAACACACAUUACGGCAUCAAAGUACGCCGGUGAGAAAGUGUGUGAGUGUGUGCUUGAUCGUGUAAAAGUAGGUUAUUCCGUCGUCGAAGCUGAUUAAAGCAAAGAAGCCGGAACAUCGAUUGUUGUGAUUAGUUCGAUUUGCACCUGUCUCGUCCUGUUAUUGAUCUGGGCAAAGUGAUUUCAUCACAGACUGCUGGAUGGUCUUGCUAGAGCUCCUAACCAACAAGGGCAAGACGACAUUUAACCGGCGAGGUCUAAAAGAACGUAUGUAAAUGGACUGAAAAGGGAAGACCUUGUGCCCGUCUUAUCGUAAAGAACAGAUAAGACACCUUAAGAACACUAAACGUUACCCGAUCUCAACGUAUUAAAGAAAAAAUGCCAGUUGCAUUGAACGGUUCCGUGCCGUUGCCCUCGGUGCGCGUCUAUACCAGCGUCACGGUGCUGCUGAUGUCGGCCUGCCUCUACUACGCACUCAUCAUGACCAGCGAUCCUAACUGGAGGCAACACACGAACAUGACGAGCACGACGGGGACGGCCACUACGGCAGCAACGACCGCCACCACCACCACCAACACCCCUACCACCUCCCCGUCCGGUGGACCGGCCGGUGUGAUAGACAGUGCGGUCAAGGGUGCCGGUGGUAAGCUGGAGGUCGGUGCCGGCACCGGCGCUUCUUUGCUGUCGGUGAAGGAAAUGGACACGCUCGAGGAAAAAAUUCUGGCCGCCGCUGACCUGUCCGAUCUGCGCCAAAUGCUGCGUGGAACCGAUGGAACAGAGGAAGAUCCGCACGUGGAAGAAGGUGAUGACGAGCGGUGGUUGGUUGUGGGCAACGAUACACGAACGCUCGGUGCGUACCUGAAGGAUACGGUAUCGUUUAUGGCAACGGAACCAUUCUGCAUUUGGACACUAAUCAACACCGCGUACUGCUGCCUGAUACUGCUCGGCAAAUCGAUACAGAAGUUCGUCUUCGGUGAGCUGCGGAUAUCCGAACAGCAGCACAUGAAGGACAAAUUUUGGAACUUCAUCUUCUACAAGUUCAUCUUUGUGUUUGGUGUUGUUAAUGUGCAGUAUUUGUACGAGGUCAUACUGUGGGUAUCGUGGUUCUCAGCACUCGGAUUCCUGCACCUGCUGUCACAGCUCAGCAAAGAUCGGUUCGAGUAUCUGUCCUUUUCGCCGACGACUCCAGGAUGGUCACACUUCCGGUUGAUCUCACUGCUCGUCGCUAUCCUCACACUGUCCGGACUGAUGGUGAUGAUCUCGAUCGGUGUCGGUGUAUUCUUCGGAGGCUUCAAUACAUUCGCGUUUAUGGCGGCUGAGUGCAUCUUGUUGGGUAUACGCACGCUGCACGUAUUGAUACGGUACGGCAUGUUUUUGCACGAUAUGCGUCAGGGUGGUAUCGCGAAUGAAUCCAUCUCGUGGGAUAAACGUGGCCCAGUAGCCUACUACAUUGAGCUGUCGUUCGAAGUUGCGGCCUUGAUCGUGGAACUGGUACAUUAUCUGCACAUGAUGCUGUGGAGCAAUAUCUUCCUGUCGAUGGCUAGUUUGGUAAUACUGAUGCAACUGCGCUACCUGCUGAACGAAAUCCAGCGCAAGAUCAAGAAGCAUCGUAACUAUCUGUGGGUGUUGAACCACAUGGAGAAGAGCUACCCUUUGGCAACGAGCGACGAUCUAAAGCAGAACUCGGACAACUGUGCCAUCUGCUGGGAGAAGAUGGAAACAGCACGAAAGCUACCAUGCGCCCAUCUAUUCCACAACUCCUGCCUACAGUCCUGGCUGGAACAGGACACUUCCUGUCCAACGUGUCGUCUUGGGCUUAGCGUACAUCAAAACGGUGGCCCACGGGGCAGUCCACUGAUACCGGAUGACAUCCGUAUCGAUGAUCAGGACGGCGCGGUCGGAGGAGGUGGUGGUCGCACGGCCAACAAUCAUUUCUUCCACUUUAAUGGCUCACGCUACGUGUCCUGGUUGCCGAACUUUUCCGUCGAGGUGACACACAUUAACAAUAUGCUGCGUCCGUCGGAAACGCUGCCGAUCGCGGCAGCCGCUGUUGGUAAUCAUACCUCGCAGGUGCGCAACAUGGCGCGUCACGUGCAGGAGAUGUUCCCACGGUAUCCGCUGUCGGUGCUGAUUGGUGAUCUGCAGAUUUCACGCUCGAUCGAGGUAACGAUCGAUAACAUUCUCGAGGGACGCCUGCAAGUUCCGGCGAACACUCCCGAAGACGACGACGAGGAGACUUUAGGGGUGGGAAGUAGUGUUGGGGAUGCCGGCUCUAUGAGCAUGACUAGUACGAUCGAUGAGGACAACGAUGAUGAUGAAUUGUCGGGUGAGCUGUCGCAUCGAUCACUACCAAACUCAUCGUCAGGAUCGUCUUUAUCGUCACUGUCCUCACCACCCGGAUACGAGGUGGAACGUGGCACUAAUAUUUUCGGCAGCUACGAUACUCUCCUGCGCGAUGACACCAUAGAAGAAACUACACCGUCAACGACCAUCCCGCUCGGGGAUCGGUUUUCCAAAAGUCCCGAAGAGCGAGAAAAGAUUCUACAGCGCCGGAAGGAGCAACUACUCGCACUGGCUCGAAGAAGAUACUUGGAGAAGAAUAAAUCCGAGCUAAAUCAUCAAGCGUCCACAUCUACGAGCGGGUGUUCGUCUUCCUCCAGCAGUGUUAGGCAUCGAAACAAAAGCUGUAUGGAAACGACUACUAGGGAAAAUCCCAGUAGCAGCGGAAGCAGUUUGUCUACGCUAAACCCGUCCUUAUCAUCUAGCCAUCACCAGCCGCGGCUUUCUACGGAACAGCAGAAGCAGGAUCAGGUACAGCAGCAGGAACAACAUUCGGAUAGCAGUUUUUAAACCUUACCCGAACCAAUCCAUCCAUCCAUCAAAUCGUACCGAAAGGAGUGAUAAAGAGACAACAAUGUUCAGUUGUGACCAACACAAAUAUCUCCCUGGAGGGUGUAAUGUGUAUGGGAUGUGUGCGGGACUGCCGCUACUCAUCACAUAGAAGAAAAAAAACAUCCAGGAGAUGAGAAAAUUGAAAAGAACUGUUCCUUGUGGCGGCGGUGCUGUGAAGUUUUAAGUAUGCAUUAUUAUUUUUUUAUACCCUAAUUAGACGAUUUUCUCGCGCAUCAUAUCUUUUAGCUUAAAUCUAUCAUGAGUAAUUUAGUUCGCUAGUUUGAGUUUUCGUCAGUCGUGUACUCUACGAUCUGUUUUUUGCAAGUCAGACAGGAUGCAAGCAAAAUUUUUUACAAAAUUAAGGAAAAACAUAUAGAUCGGCAUGCAGAUCAUGUGUCAUCUCGGACUAAUGUAGUACCGACUAUUUUAUUUCGUUUAUUGACAAAAAGAGAAGGGGAAAGGAGUUGAUAUUUAGCCAAACUAAAAUAGAACAAAAAAUCAUCAAUGAUGAGCUUAGAUAAUUCGCCAAAAGAAGCAGAAAAGAAGGUGAUUUAGUGCCGCUGAUAAAAGAGAGAAAAGAUAACGCCAUGGACUUUUACCUCCAGCAGAAUUUUCCCAGCUGCUUGCAGAAGAAAAUGCGCGGUGUGUAAGCAGGUGUAGAAAACAAAUGAACCUAAAAAAAACACAGUUGUGAUGAUAUUUAUUUUCUAGGAACAAACAAACAAACCAAUCAAUCGAUUUAGACAAAAAAGAAGUGACAAACAAAUCAUUCUAGUAGGGGCGCGCAGGUGGCUUCUUUUCGCAUCGAUACGGCCAUGUGCGCCGUGUUUGGAACGUUCUCCAAACUGGAAAGGUUUUUUCUCCGCACGGUACGGAUUGUUUGUUGCGCGUUGAUGCAACGUUCUGUCGAUUGUGAGUGUGGUGUAUUGUAGUAGCGUGUGGAACAAACGGUUAAAUAAAUCGAAUGAUUGAUACGAAGAAGGAUUUCGUGUGCUGUCCAGCAUCCGAUCCGAUCGGUAUGCAUGUGCAGAAAUGGGCAGUAGUCAAAAAUUUGCAAGUAAAAUCAACACUUAGCAACUAAAACUGGAAAACAGAAACCGAAACGAAUAAUAACUAAAAGCAAAUAAUAAAGUA